GGGAUCCCAAAACAGCUUUGACAGCCACAGCCACAUAGCUGCCACCCUCGCCAUGCGGCAUGCCGUUGGCCGCCUGGUGCUGGCGCUUUACACGGCUCGGGCAUUUGAUGUGAGCGCGUGCGGGGAGCCGCAGGCCUUGUGGCGAUAUUUUCGGAAGCUGCUGGAAAUCCCGCGGUGCACCGAGAACGAGCGAGCAGUGCUGGACUACAUUGCCGAUGUUGCCAAGCAUGCAGGGCUGUCAAGUCGAUUUAAUCAGGGGAACCUGGUUGUGUCAAAGCCAUCCGGCGACUCCGGAGAGCCCGUUAUCAUCCAAGCACACGUGGACAUGGUCUGUGAGAAACAUGCUGAGUCUUCCCACGACUUCACAAGUGACGGCAUCCAGGCCGUGUUGAGCUCGGGGUGGUUGAGCGCUCCCAACACGACCUUGGGGGCGGACAAUGGCAUAGGAGUGGCAACAGCCCUGAGCCUGAUGCAACACUCAGGGCGAUUGCCCCCGCUGGAGUUCGUGUUCACCAUUCAAGAGGAGAAAUCGCUGGAUGGGGCCAGAGCCAUUGAUGCAAAGGCCUUGCGAAGCAAGCGGCUGCUGAACUUUGAUUCGGAAGAGUGGGGAAUUCUUUACAUGGGCUGCGCGGGGGGCGCCGUAGACGUGCUUGAAGCGAAGAUGGCUCGGGUGCUGGCUCCUCCAUGGCAGGCAGUGGAGCUGGUGGUGGAUGGUCUGGCAGGGGGUCACUCCGGUGCUGACAUCCACUUGGGCCGCGGCAACGCAUUGAAGGUGGCAGCUCAAGCCACUGCAGCGAUGGUGCGGCAAGGAGCAAAAGUGGAGAGCUUUGAUGGAGGGGAUGCUGACAAUGCAAUUCCAAGAAGGGCCGUGGUAACACUGGCCAUGCCAGCAAUCAUGGAGAAAGCCAAAGCAAGCAUGGCGGAGUUGCAGGCGGAGCUUCUUGCCAAGUUGCCAGCGGCGGACGCGGGCCUCAAGCUGACGCUUCGGGAGCUAGAGAGAAAACCCAAAGAUGUGCUGGAGGAAGCCAGUCAGAAGCUCCUGCUCGAGCUCUUGGAGGCCCUCCAUCACGGCCCUGUGAAGUUUUCUGCCGACGUGCCUGGCCUGGUGGAGACCUCGAGCAACCUCGGCAUCGUCAAAUUCCGGGAAGAUGUGUUGGAGGUCACCUGGUUCGCGCGCUCCUCCGUAGACACCGAGCUGGCGCUGCACCGCGCGGGCGCCGCAGAUUUGGCGCGCAGGCUGAAGCUCAGGCUGCGGCCGGGGGAGGCGAUGCCCGGGUGGAAGGCGGACCUGUCCUCGCAGAUGCUCGCGCUGGUGACGAAGGAAGAGUUCCAGCUGCUGGAGCACCGAGAGGCCGAGGUGGCCACGAUCCACGCGGGCUUGGAGUGCGGGGCCUUUGCUCAGAAGGUGCCAGGAAUCGACAUGGUCUCGUUUGGCCCGGACAUUCAGGGGGCGCAUGCACCUGGGGAGCGGGUGAACGUCGAGUCCGUUCGGCGCUUCUGGGCAUUGGUUUUGAGAACACUCGCGCGGCUGGCCACAAGCGAGAGUGCAAAGUCGCAAGAGCUGUGAUUGCGUGCGCUG